GAACAUUGUCCUAGAAUUGUUUGACGGAGAACUCGUACAUAAUUUUUUUUUCUAAGAUUAGGUAAGAAAGUUUAAUUAAGUGGACUUUUUUUUCUGAAAUGUAUUAUUGAUUAUUGAUUUAUGUUAAUCACUAGUUUAGACAAGAAGAAAUCUGUGGUUUUUAAUACUACUUACUUGAUUACUAUUUAUUAAGAAUAUAAUAACUUUAUUUCAGUAUGUGUGAUGUUUCAGCAUGUAAUGUGGGGGCUGACACAAGUAACUAUACAUUACAAAGUUGACUUUCUUUAUACUUGAGUUAUGCGAAAUUUCAAACAGUCACAUUUCCUAAAGGUGUGACAUUUCACUGGACUGUUGUGUGGAGAGAAUGUAUCAGGCUAAAAUAUACGAUAGAAGAAAUGGAUCUUUUGGUAAUUGACAGAAGCAAAAUCACCCCUAUGGAAAUACAAGAACCUUUUUACGUGGUUAGCGAUGGCGAGAUGUUUCAUUGUAAGCUGAGCCUGUUUAUGCUACGUCUGCUGGACGACAAAGCAGAAGAUGCCAAGAAACUUGUGGAGCAGAUGUUUCUUACGAAAGAUGACCUCACCGUGUUGAGAGGGGGUCAGUCGCUUGUAACACGGAGACUCACUGUCGGAGACCGCGGACGAUCUUUGAGAUAUUUGAACGACGUGCGUCUAGCUGGUCCACUGCGUCUGUUGGUGCUCAGCUUCGUCGAGGUGUCCACUAUGAUCGGGGUCAACCCGGGCAGAGAAAGUAGAAUUCCCGAAGACGUUCCUGGAAUAUUGCGGAAGAGACUUCUGUUCGUUGACUUUUGCCUUGACACCAAAGUAUAAACUGGUCGACGUGACUCUUAUAUAAAUAAAUAGUUGAAUACAUAUUUCUCAAUUGAAUCUGUUGGCACACAAGGAACAUUAACUCAACCAAUUUCUUGAAGUUUUAAAUUAAUUUCCUGUGAAUUUGUAUGAAACUAUUUUUAAAUAACUGUUUGGAAGUAAGAAAACUAGAUUUAAUCUAACAUGAAACUAAAUGGAUGAAUACUUGAUGAACGUAUUUUGAAGUUAUUUAUACAUUUAUUUUGUGAAUAAAUCUGAAAGAUGUUUCUUAAUACAGCCUAGGCUUGAUGUAUUUUGAAAGUACUUAUACAUUUGAAGUCAUUGCGUUUGUAAGCACAUUUAAGCAUAUCACAGCUAGAUAGAACUAAUAAAUUUACUGUGGAUUUAACGUUGACGUGUUUAUUACGUCAUAUGCAGAUAAUGCAGUUUGAGCGCAGUAUUUACACAUGCAUCACAAACAGACACACAUAUAUAUAUCAAAGUAAAAAAUUGUGUGUGUGUUUGUUCCGUACGUUACUAUAUGUAUUUAUGGAUCUUGACGCAACAUUUUACAUCAUUAUCUAGAAUCAAAUAGGGUGCGGGGGGGGGGGUAGAACUUUUUAUAACAUUCCGUUUUGGGCCGGGGCCCUCAAUUCUUAUUUUUGCUAAUUUCAGCUUUAUAAAUUAAAUUAAAAACAAAUACUCCUACAUGAAUAGUUGGAUCUUGACCAAACUUAGUACAUAUGGACUUGAUAUUCACCAUAUUCAAAUACCAAAUGUUACUGGUUCAUAAUAUGCACUCCUUUGGGGCCAGGUUUUUGGUAUAUAAGCAUUAUAUAUACCAAUAGGUUUAGAGAAUACUAUAGGUUCAUUGGGAAUUAACAAGUGUAAGCGUAUGGCAUUCUUAAACCGAUUUGAAUGAAAUGUAGACGUAUGGCAUUGUUAAACCGAUUUGAAUGCGACACAUUGUAAAUGUUAACCCCAUUAUAUAUAACUUAGUGAUUUUUAAAGGGGUUAUCUCAAAUGGCGGUGCUAGGAGGUACGGCGGUGCGGACCGCACCAUGUGGCACCAUUCCAGGGGUGGCACCAAAUUUAAAAUAGCAUAUUUACACAGCACACACUGCGUGGUCCAACCAAAUUUCAUAAAAGGAUAAUCGAUUACACGUCAAUUUUCCUCAUAUGUAACCAAUCCAAGUGUAUGCUUUAUUAAACUUUCAAUUGACCCUAUAAUUAGGUCAGAAAAAAACAGCGUUUUGAUCAUGAUUCAACGCCGAUAGAAGUGUUCGGUAACUUUAGUAAGGGACAGGAAGCUAUAUUUAUCUAAAUUCUGAGAAAUAAAGCUUUCAAUUGAUACCAAAUACGUUGUGGUCGAGCGAUUCUAAGUACACGAAUCGAAUUGGUAAUAUUAAAAAUAUUUUAAAAUGAUGUUUUACCCAUUUAUAGGUUUAACAAAUAAUAAUUUAUAAAUUGUCUAAUAUCUUUAAUAAUUAAUUUAAAUUUAUUUAUUACUAAAUAUAUCCAAACCAAGAAAUACUUAAGUUUAUAAAUAUUUCGCCGAUUCGUCCCUAAUACCGCCCCUUAAAAUUUGAGCACGAUUGUCAUAUAGCACAAAGUCUUUUCAAGCUGUCUGUGAUUUCACGUUUAUCUUCUACCUUUACAUUUGGGCUGAUCUACUUGAGGAAGUUAUUCCUACACAGCAGUAUCUUCAGACUAAAGGCUUUACUCUUGACAAAGUGGUGACCAACCUAGAGGCCAUUAUUAUACUGUUUCCGCAUGAGACGCGCUGUCAGUUGGGGAAUAAUGUUAUUGAAAAGACACUUUAAAAUUAGACCAUAUGGAAUUUUGGUAGAUAGAAGAUUAUGGUUUAAGAAGAGAAUGGCAGGAGAAAAAAUUAAUAGAUGCUGGACUCUCUCUGCGAGAAUAAAACAGUAGGGAGAUGCUGAAGUGUAUUGAUCGCUUUCAUUCUGAACUCAAGACCAGAUCGUCUACGAUCAAGGAAGUAGCAGAUAUGUUUGGGGCUGUUCAACCCAAAAGUCUACUAUCAGCAAGUGAAGAAGAGUUAUUGGUGUUCGUUCCGAAAUGUACCUCUUUCCGAAGAUGAACUUUUAAAAUAAAUCACAAGGCUUAGAAUACAGCUGAUAUUGAAUUUCAUAAAGUCAUGUCUGGUCAGUUGUUGAUGUUUUGAAAUUCAUGGCUGAAUGCCUAGAAACUCUUCCGAUACUCUCGCUAAGCCUUCAAUUGUCUUACAAUCAGUGUGUCUGUGGCUUCAUGAGUGCGGAGCUUUACAAAACUAAGGCUUAUCAAGAACUAUUUACGAUCCACCAUGGGCCAGUCCAGGCUUUCUGAUCUGGCUCUACUAUCAAUUGAACGUGAGACAGUGAAGGAUAUUGAUUUUGAUCAAGUGAUUGACAGGUUUCCAGCUCUGAAGACAAGGAAAGAAAAUGUUAAUUAAAGUAAAAUUUUGUGUAAAAAUUACUAUAACUUAACUUUGUUAAUUUUUUUAAAUAUUUGCCUCCUGUUAUACUGUUAACUUAUUUUAACAGGUGGGGGUGGGGGACACCAUGACCUUACCGCACCGUGCGACACCAACACUAAAUAGCACUGAAUCAACUCUAGUCCCUUUUCAUAAUAAAUGCCACUUCAAUAUCUAAUUACAUUCACAGACUGUUAAUUCCAUACACAUGUAUAGCGACGCUCGCUAUCAGGAAGAAAUAAAACACAACCUCUUUUCACAAAGUUCCUUUCACGACUGCCGCACGACAAAAACGAACGCUACAUAACAGACUAGACAAUACGUCCUAAUAGGCAUAACAAAUACGUCACCGAAUAAGCGCGGGAAGAGAGUUCACUAACUAAUCAAUCUCUCGAACACACCGCGCUUAAUCAAAUAUAAUAUACAGUCGCCACAAAUAUUAAUGAACUCCCAUGCUCGAAAGGUGACACCAUGAGUUUACCGGACCGGGUGACACAUACCCUAGCUACGUCAUUGGCUACCUCAGACAUAACUAAAAGGGUACUCAGGGAAAUGUUCAUUUAGACUUUGUCUUGUACGAAAAAUAAUUACGUAAGAAAGUCAUUUUUAACACGGUGAUGUAUAGGGUUAUCUAAAAAGCUUUAAGUGUUAGUUUAGUUCUGUACAUGUGCAUGGCAGAAACACUGACACAUCUGUGUUGAAAAUGUGUCAUGUGUGUCAUGUGUGUAAGUUGUGUCACGUGUGUCAUGUGUGUCACGUGUGUCAUGUGUGUCAUGUGUGUCAAGAGAGACCGCCAAUACAAACGUAUGAAAAAAAAUGGCUCGAUUGAACUGAGAGAGGAGGUACUGAGACUCCGCCGAACCAUUCAACGCUUAUUGCGUAGAUCGUAUUGGAACUACAUGAACAGCAUCUUCUCAGAGGAAGACACCCCGACCAAAGAUGUCAAGAACAAGCGCUUCUGGAGCUAUGUGAAGCACCAAAAGUCCUCAAACGCUGGAGUUUCCCCCUAGUCGGUCUUUGGUGACGGUAGAGAGUACUCUGAGACUGAGUUCCUUCUGAAGACCAAAAUGAUGAACAGAGCCUACCCUGUCAUGGGAGAUAUCCAGAUAUCAGAACAAGGUGUGUUUGCCCUCCUCAAUACCAUUAACCCUUACAAAUCAUGUGGUCCUGACAACAUCAAACCACGAGUGCUCAAAGAAUUAGCCAAAGAAAUCGCUCCUGCACUGACAAUCCUCCUCCAAUCGUCACUAUGCACAGGAAAUGUUCCAGCUGACGGGAGAACAGCGCAUGUCACUCCAAUUUACAAGAAAGGGGAGCAUUCCGACCCUACCAACUAUCGUCCGAUAUCCCUCACCAGCGUGGUCUGCAAACUGUUGGAGCACAUAAUCGUAAGCACAGUCAUGAAGCAUCUUGAAAGCCAAAAUAUACUCAAUGACUGUCAACAUGGCUUCCGAUUCAAUAGAUCAUGUGAGACCCAGCUUCUCGAAUUUGUAGAAGACCUGAUGACCAAUCUGGAGAACCACAAGCAGACUGACGUGCUAGUAAUGGACUUCGCAAAAGCAUUUGACCGUGUGAAUCAUAGUUUGCUUCUACACAAACUCCAGAGAUAUGGGAUUCAAGGCACCACUAAAACAUGGAUCUCUAGCUUCCUCAGCCACCGACGCCAAGCAGUAGUGGUGGGCGGUACAAGCUCCUCCUUUGUCAAUGUGAAGUCAGGGGUCCCCCAGGGAUCAGUCCUGGGCCCCUGUUUGUUCCUAGAAUACAUUAAUGACCUACCGGAGAAACUGACAUCACAUGCAAGACUGUUCGCAGAUGACACAGCAGUGUAUAGGACGAUCGCCAACAGAUCUGACCAGGACCAGCUACAACAGGAUCUCAAUCUGUUAGCUGAGUGGGAGAUGAGCUGGGACAUGGAAUUUCACCCUGCCAAGUGCCAGACACUAUCAGUCUCUAGAAGUUGUACUCCUCUACACUACCAAUACGAACUGCACGGCCAUAUACUUGAGCAAGUUUCCUCCGUAAAGUACCUGGGUGUUACCAUUCAAAGAGAGGUCCGCUGGGACGAGCAUAUUAACAAUGUAUGUAACCAAGCAAACAAGACCCUAGGGUUCUUAAGGCGAAAUCUAAAGAUUGGCAACUCCUGUGUGAAAGAAAGAGCAUAUAAAGCCUUUAUCCGUCCGAUUUUAGAUUAUGCAUCUUCAGCCUGGGACCCAUUUACCCAGAAGAGCAUUGACAGGUUGGAGGCGGUCCAGCGACGAGCAGCACUAUUUGUCCUAAACCGCUACAGGAAUACCUCUAGUGUUGGCAACGUGCUAGAAACACUAGGCUGGUCACCAUUGGAGAAUCGACGACGACAAUCCAGGCUCUCCAUGUUGUACAAGAUAAUAAUGGGCUGGUCCACUGUUCCGGUAUUAAACAUAAACUCGUCCCUCUCCCCGAUAGACAGCGACGAGGCCAUGACAGGCAAUUCAGGCUCAUACCAGCGAGAAGCCAGUAUAGGAGCUGCUCAUUCCUGCCCAAGACAAUCAGGGACUGGAACAAUCUUUCAAAAGGAACGGUUGAGGCGACAACCCCUAGUGCAUAAUUUCCUCAUCAACACCAGUAACAGAAACAUUGCAAAUCCCAUCUACAUGCAUAGGAGCCAAAAUUAUCAAUAAAUUGAUCGUGGGCCCUUAAGAUAUAGAAGAAGAUGUGCGGUUAAAAGUUACUCUGGUUGAAAAAAAAUAUCCACGAGAUGUUGUCGAUGUUAUCUUCAUUCAAUGAAUUAAAAAAAAUUUUCAGAGAGGGUGAGUGAGUGUUUGGUUAAGGCAAUCGCAUGGCUUGUCUAUGUUUGUCAUAUGUAUGUUUCGAUACAGCUAUAUCUCUAUAAUCCGAUCGAAAUGUUUCAUCGGUCGUAUACACCUGUCAAAUGUGCCAUGGGUCGUGUACACCUGUCAAAUGUGCCAUGGGUCAUGUACACCUGUCAAAUGUGCCAUGGGUCGUGUACACCUGUCAAAUGUGCCAUGGGUCGAAAACACCUGUCACAUGUGCCCUAGGUCGUGAACAACUGACAAAUGUGCCCUGGGUCGUGUACACCUGUCAAAUGUGCCAUGGGUCAUGUACACCUGUCAAAUGUGCCAUGGGUCGAAAACACCUGUCACAUGUGCCCUAGGUCGUGAACAACUGUCAAAUGUGCCCUGGGUAGUGUACACCUGUUAAAUGUGCCAUGGGUCGUGUACAUCUGUCAGAUAUGCCAUGGGUCGUGUACACCUGUCAAAUGUACCCUGGGUCAUGUACACCUGUCAAAUGUGCCAUGGGUCAUGUACAUCUGUCAGAUAUGCCAUGGGUCGUGUACACCUGUCAAAUGUGCUAUGGGUCAUGUACACCUGACAAAUGUGCCCUUGGUCUUGAACACCUGACAAAUGUGCCCUGGGUCGUGUACACCUGUCAAAUGUGCAAUGGGUCAUGUACACCUGUCAAAUGGCCAUGGGUCGUGUACACCUGUCAGAUAUGCCAUGGGUCGUGUACACCUGUCAAAUGGCCAUGGGUCGUGUACAUGGAUCAAUAUUUAACCUUAGGAGGCUUCAAGCUAAAACCAAGGUCAAACAUAACACCAUCAACGAGCUUCUGUUUGCAGACGAUUGUUCCCUCAACGCUGCCUCAGAGACCGUCAUGCAACACGGCGUUGAUAUCUUCUCAGAGGCCUGCAAUAACUUUGGCCUCACAAUAAACACAAAGAAGACGGAGGUGAUGUAUCAGCCAGCUCCCAGUAAGCCCUAAGUUGAACCCAACAUCAUCAUCAGUGGUCAGCGUCUCAACCCGGUGGAUAAAUUUAAAUACUUGGGCAGCAUCCUCUCUAGAUCUGUCGUCAUGGAUGAUGAAAUGAAAGGCAGACUCGCAAAAGCUAGUGCCAUAUUGGGCAGGCUCCGCAGCACUGUUUGGGACAGGAGAGGUACCAGACGAGAAACGAAGAUCAAGGUCUAUAGCGCAGGAAUUCUCUCAAAAUUGCUCUACGGAUGUGAAACGUGGACAGUCUACCAGCAUCACGCCAAGAAACUGAACCCUUUUCACACAAUCUGCCUCAGGAAACUCCUCUGCAUCAUGUGGCAAAACAAAGUCCCGACACUGAGGUCCUCACUAGAGCGAGCCUACCUAGUAUCUUCACCACGCAGGCUUACCCGAAAGAGCAACAUUAGGUCACGGUCUGAAGCAACUAUCCCAUGCCCGCGGUGCCUGAGA